GAAGAACAUCAGUUAAGUGGAUAAAUCAUGAGACGAAACGAUUUAGCCAACAACAGACUUCAAUGGCCAGAUGGCAGUACACUGAACAUGCAAUCAGACGUAAAUACGACGAGAGAAAAUAUUGAAAACUUACAUGCUGGAAUCUUGAAAGGGGUGAGCAAGAGUUAGCAAGAAUUGAGAAAAAUAUAAUACUGAAACGCUGUUUACCUUUAUUGUUUAGCAUUUGCUGGAAAGCUUGACGUUUUUCGCUGUAAUCGAAAUUCGCAUAUCGUAUUGAUCACAUUAUAGAUUCUUAUCGUUCUUUCUGACUUUAGCUUUGCUUCGACAUUUAGGAUACUACUCUGAUUCAAGAAGUAUCCCUAAAACCUUUCAUUUGAAGGUGGGAAUCAUGAGACUUGGGCAAAGGUUAAUCGUUUAGGCAUACCUUAAAAUUCAAAAUAUAGUCAUCCCUGAAUAUGUUCCCCCUUCCCCAAAUGUAAAUCCCCCAUUCCUGGCACGCAAUUGCCGAAUGUGAGCCCCCGAAUAUAAGCCCAGCGCUUAUAUUUGGAUUUGAACAUGAAAGCACCCUUAACAGCGAAUUUCAAUAUGCAAUUUUUCUUUAGCGACUUUCUUACUUUUAGUUUGUAAUACUUGUUACCUAUAACAUUAUAUAUUCAGCGUAUCACAAUGCCUUCUUUUUGAGUCCAUGUGAGUCAAUCUUUCCUGUGAUGGUUGAAAUAUUCCACAAUGGUUGCAGCUUCAUUGCAAGAGUCUCUGGAAUAUGGCCGAUAUUUUAGUUCAGUAUUGAAAAAAACUGAUUUUGCAUUUUCUUCUGACGUUAACUAAUUGCCAAUUGAAGCCCCCCUCCCUUCCCCACCUCCAAAUUGCUGUUAAGCGGAAGUGAAAUAUCAAACCUGAUUAUAAUGCUACAAAGUUCUAAGUAAACCAUUUAUAAUCAACUGAACAAAGUGUAUGGCUAUAUGGUAGUUUACAAUUUAAAUGCCUUCUGUUUGAUUUGUGACAAUGUUCGAUUGACAAUUCAAAAUUAGAGAAGUCUCGGCGAUGUUCUAACUGAAGGUUGAUCGUCUUCCCUCCUCCUUUUAUAUUUUGGUCUUGGCCAUGAUCCUUUCCGAAUUUAUUGCAAACCCCGCUUAAUAUCGAAUCGACCUCAGUGUAUAUAUUAAAGAGCAGAAAAUGUGUAAAGGACAUGUCACUUCUAUGUUAACCAGGCAUUUUGUUACUCUUUUGGUGCCCUAUUCGCAAGUUUGCAGACCUCCCUUAUUUUGUUUCUCUUUCUACAUUGUCUAACAAGAAUCUUUUACCGUAGUCUAUUGCAGGUAUUAUCAUAGCAAAGCAAGAUGCAAGAUCAUUCGCUGACAGAAAAAGUAAGAAGUCUUUGCUUCUUUACUUAAAUGCAUAUUGAGGGUCCUGGGCAAUCAGGCAGAGGGCUCGUACACCCUGUAAAUAGCUGCUUGCAAGGUACGCCCGUCCAUGCGCUCGAAUUUAUGCAGGACAACAUCAGCCAGCCAACAUAAAUAUUUUUUAUGUAAAACUUUAUGAUAAUAAGUGAUGUUAAAUAAGGAGCACAUCCCAUCCCUGCUGAUAACCUAGUUGGUCCAAAAAACCAUCUUAUCCCUCUAUUCUUUCAAUUUCUUGGUAGCCAAGGCCAAUUAUAGCUUUCGCGUCGAUAACAAAAACGCAAUUGUUUUGAAGCCAAGCUAGAAGUGGGUUGGAUACACUGUAAAUGCUUUAGUUAUUCGGGGGUGUUGAUGGGGUCACCUUGACCCUAGCUUGUUUAUUUGGCUUUUGAAACAUCUUUCUUAAAAGCCUGCUUUUACCACAGUACUUGCACCAUAUGGAAGGCAACAACAGUAAGGGGGCGGGGAAAAUUUUAGAUGAUAUGCUCUCCGAAUGAGUCAGGAAAUAAAAAAUCUUUGAAGAACCUAAGAGCAUUGUCAAAGAGCCUGUGAAAAUGCACUUUUUUCAUUCUUUUAACAGAUCCUUCGCAAAUGAGAUGGCAACUUACUUUUGUCCUAAGGGACUCUGUCACUGAUUUUGCAAACGUCACGUGCUGGGGCAGUGAAACAUUUAUUAAAGAUAUCGCGAAAUCAUUUCGAAUUGGGGAUGCUGUUGAGAUUAAGAAUGUCAUGGUUCAAAACAAACAAAACACUCAAGCUGAAGAGAAGUUCAAUCCAUGGACACCCAGUCAGUUCAACAUUGUUGCAAACGAAACCCAUGCUACUAUAGAACGCUGUAGCAUAGACGAGUUUGCAUCGUUUGCUUUCAUCCCUGUGAAGGAAACGUACGAUUAUUACAAACUUGGUGACAUUAUUGCCAACGGACAAAAUCUGAAUUGUCUUCAUCUUAAUUUGCUGGCGGUAUUACGAGACAGUGGAAGUCCGAAAGAAAUCAUAACAAAGUCUGGGAAAACGAUUCAAAGAAGAGAAUUACUGGUUUUCGAUGAUAGCUGUGUCUCCUUUCCAAUUGUAAUAUGGAGCGAAGAGUUGAGUUGGCUGGCUGAAGGCUGGACUCCUCAUGAGACAGUUUUAUUCUUUGCUGAUGUGAAAGCCCAAUAUGAUGACUUCAGAAAACGCAUGGUGGCAACAUGUGACGGAAAGACGAUAAUCACGGUCAAUCCAGAUAUCCCAGAUGCACAUUUGCUGUACAAUUAUGCGCAGAGCAUCGAUGUCUUAGACGAGGAGUUCAUGGCUGAUCCACAGUCAACCACCAUACCAUCAGGACAAAUCACGGAUGUCUACACAAUAGAGAAAGUCCAGCAAUGGAUAAAUGACAAGUACAACGAAAAUGAUCGAUUUCUGCAUGGAAUAAUUUACGGAUGCAUAACAAAUAUCAACAUUGAUUCAUCAAAUGUAGAAGAUAAAUUUUUUGUGCAAACAUGCUCUGCAUGUAGAAGAGUUGUUGACCGAGAAACUGGAUCGUGUACCAAUGAAAAGUGCUACUCCAUUUUGCAAGGAUCUACUAACGACGGAAAACAGCAAUUCAACCAACAGACUACCGUAAAGAAAAUGAAUAUUAGAGUCGAUAUAAGCGAUCAUACAGGAGGCAUGGCGAAUUUUCGACUCAGUGGAUUUAUUGCUGAAAAGUUAUUGGAACACAAUGUUGAUGAACUACUUUCCUUGAACCCACUGGAAAGAACUGAAUUAAAAUGGAAGUACCUCAUGGAUCGAUACAAACUGUACUUCAAGUGCACCAGAAGAACAGACAAUAACAAACAAGCAUAUCUUGAGAUAAUAUCAGUCUCACAAUUUGAUGGCUCAACAGCCCAAGUGGUAUGAUUUGCAUUAAAAUUGUUGCAAGAGCACUCAUUGAAACUGCAAUAUUACAU